AUCAUAUUUAUCCUUGCUGGAUAUGACACAGUCUCUACUACGAUUAGCUGGGCUGCUUAUGAAAUGGCUCUUCACCAGGACAUCCAAGAAAAGGUUUAUGAAGAGGUUAUGGAAGUCACAGAUGGUGAGGAGGAAAUAACGUAUGAGAUGUUACAAAAAAUGACAUACUUAGAAAGUGUGAUUGAAGAAAGUCAAAGAUUGUUCCCAUCUGCACCUAGGUUGGAGCGUCAAUGUACUGAGACUAUUACAAUUGAAGGGAUAACUAUUCCAAAGGAUGCCAUUGUAACAAUCCCUGUGUAUGGAAUACACCAUGAUGCUGAUAUAUACCCCGACCCUGAAAAAUUCAUUCCUGAAAG